CCACUUCUUCAGUCAUAUUUGGCACGUUACCGUACGUGGUUUGAUCUCGGGUGCCGUCUAUCUCAUCCGUAAAGUCACCAGAACGCGUAGUCACACUCCGAACCAGCCGCCGCAUCCAUCCCACGGACGACGCCAUGUCUGCUGCUACUGCUGUCGUCGGUGCUGUUUUGGCAGACUCCCCGAACGAGUGUCACGGAUCCGCCACCAAGAACCUUCCGCAGGAUAAGAACGCGAACAUCUUCGAGGAUCUGGGAGCCCACGAUUCCAAAGACCCAGCAGCAGCCCUGACUCUCAAGAAAACUGUAAGCGCUCUGACAUCCCCCCAGAUGGCGAAUCAGAACUGCACCAAGAUCAAGCACGACCCGCCGUCUCCUACUGACUCGUAUCCGAUGGACAAGCUCUACGCUAAGCUCUCCGAGCAGCACUCCAUCAUGCAGCAGCAGAAGGAGGCGCAAAAGACCCGGGAUGAUGAGAGUUUGUUCACUGGGGGGUUCGAUCAUAAUUAUUCGUGCAGCUCUCUACCCCUCACUCCGGCUCUCGAGGGCCUUCCGAAGGCGGCGCCGCCGACAGCCAGAUCUGCAAGCGCGACACCUGGUGAGGGCCAGGUCAAUGCCGAGGAAAUCUUGCGGCUGAAGCUCGAGCUCGCCCAAGCCCAGAACAAGAUCUCCCGCCUCGACCAAGAGCUGUCGCGGGUUCAGCCGGAGAGUGAAUGCGGAACCCCAGCCCUUGUUCCCGAGCACGACUACACACCUCUCGUGGCGCAUCCCGCCUCUCCAGUCGCCUCCCGGAUCGGUGCCAGCAGCAUGGCACUCAGCGCACCCCUCAGACCGGCUCCAUUCUCUCGGGAGCACAGCUGGACAACCCAGGAGGAGGCUCCGCAGGAUGUUGGUGAUUCUUUGCCGGCCGCUGGCUUGAAUCGUCCUCGAGGCAUCUGGAACAACAAGCCGGCUUUUGGCACUUCCUUCUCACAGGGCCAAGCGAUGAUUGAUGGCACCCAACCCGUACCGUGGGGCAAUAACCGUGUCGUCAACUAUGAGCCCACUUUCGCAUCGUCGGGCAUGGACAUGUAUCGCCAAGACCGAAUGGUUCCUGACCAGGAUGUGAUGAGACCGAUGGGACGCCGUGGGAAUCGGUACGACAAUCGGUAUGGUUCUUCUGGCAAUUUUGGGAGCGGCUUCAACAGUUACAGCAUGACCCCGGCUCCUUACGAGCAUGCGCAGGGUUAUUCCACUGGCCCGCAGGGCAUGCUGGGCGGAGGUAUAGGACUGAGCGUCUACACCCCGUACCACCAGCAGCCCGUUGGCACCGCGCUCUCUCCCCAUGCCACUGAGUUCACGUCCAUGGGAUCGGCGUGGAAAGGCGAGACUUUGACUGCCGACGGCCAAACCUAUAUUUCGCCCACCACGGAGCCUCUCAACUAUCGGCGUCUGCUCGACCGCAACGUGUCGUGCGACUGGAAGUACAUCGUGGACAAGAUCGUCUGCAACAAUGACCAGCAGGCAUCCAUUUUCCUGCAGCAGAAGCUCAAGGUCGGGACCCCCGAGCAAAAGUACGACAUCGUCGAGGCCAUUGUUGCGCAGGCCUACCCUCUGAUGAUCAACCGCUUCGGAAACUUCCUGGUCCAACGUUGCUUUGAGCAUGGCACCCCUGAGCAGGUCAUCAAAAUUGCCCAGGCCAUUCGUGGCAACACUCUCAAUCUAUCGAUGGAUCCUUUUGGCUGCCACGUCGUGCAGAAAGCAUUCGACUCGGUCCCAGAGGACUACAAGGCCAUCAUGGUUCACGAGCUGCUGCGACGCAUUCCCGAAACGGUUAUUCACCGCUACGCUUGUCAUGUCUGGCAGAAGCUGUUUGAGCUGCGAUGGACCGAGUCGCCGCCGCAAAUCAUGAAAUAUGUCAAUGAGGCCCUGCGCGGCAUGUGGCACGAGGUUGCGUUGGGUGAGACGGGUAGCCUGGUUGUACAGAACAUAUUUGAGAACUGCCUGGAGGAGGACAAGCGUCCUUGCAUUGAGGAGGUCCUGGCCAAUAUCGACAUUGUCGCCCAUGGCCAAUUUGGUAACUGGUGCAUCCAGCAUAUUUGUGAACAUGGUGCUCCGGCGGACCGCGGCCGGGCGAUUGAUCAUGUCAUCCGCUAUGCUGCCGAGUACAGCAUGGACCAGUUCGCUUCCAAGGUUGUUGAGAAAUGUCUGAAGAUCGGCGGCCCCGACUUUCUGAGCCGCUACCUGGACCGCGUUUGCGAGGGCCGGGUCGACCGUCCCCGGAUUCCCUUGAUCGACAUUGCGAGCGAUCAGUACGGCAACUACCUUAUCCAGUACAUCCUGACCCACGCGGCUCCCCAGCACCGCGAGAUUGUUGCCGCCCACAUCCGCAAGCACAUGGUCUCUCUGCGCGGUUCCAAGUUUGGCUCUCGGGUUGGGAUGCUCUGCACCAACCACGCGGUUGCUACUCGCCCAGGUCCAGGGGUUGGCCCGAUGCCCGGCCGGAUGGCAAGCAGCGCCCGUUACGGCGCCGGCGGCUUCCGCUAAGUUGACUCGAUGGCUCGAUUCGGAUCUGCUGUGCUUCUCUUGUAUGGCCUUGGCUACCGAGUCCCUUAGCACCAAAUCUCGCGAUCGUUUCUCGAAUGGGAGUUCUCCUUCACCAUAUGAGACUCUGUUUUUACGAGCAUCUUCGUCAGCACCUAAUUUUCCAAAUCACCCGACAUCCUACGCUCGGGAGGCUACUGCCCAUUCGAGUGCCUUGGACACAUCAUGAUUACGGAUUUUGCAAUAUUGAGCGGUUGCAGAACCCGUUCCGUGGGAGGCUGAAUCUGUCGUGUCAAGAUCUAGUGGGACAGUCACCAACACACCUCUUCCAGUCUGGGUCGCUCUGGCAUCCGUUUCGAACCCUAUAUAGCUUCGAGGAAUUCAUUUUUGGAGGGCACAACAUCGCAAAU